AUGUCGGGAAUCAAAUCGCCUCUUGCACUUCUUGUGCUGCUUGGAGCUCAGCAGGUGAUGUCGGUGGAUGUUUCAUGGCAUGCCCCUAAUGCUACCAAGAUCAAUAACCUUGACAAGGUCUUGAGUAGUGACGGGGUAUAUGGUUUCAUCUUCGAUUCUUCGCAAACCCCAGAUAAGGAAUACGGGAAGUACAAUUGGUGCAAUAUGCCGCAUGUCCGCCCCAAAGAAUACCCAAAGGCUCCAAAGGGCUAUAAGCUGCAAUAUGUAGAAAUUAUACAUCGACACCACAAACGUACACCUUAUGAGUCCAACACAUUUCCACAGGAAGCGUAUCCUUGGCACUGUGAUGAUGAAGGCCUCUUUUACUACGGUGAACCAAAGCAUGGCCGAGAGAGUACCAAAUCCUACUGGAAGGGCUACCAGAACCCGAUUAACCCGUUCCAGCCUUCAGGGUUUAAAGGAUCAUGCAGCUUUCCCCAGAUCUCAAAAGAAGGUCUGGAUGACUCGUGGCAGCACGGCCGUGAUCUCUAUGCAGUUUACCAUAAACUCCUGCAUUUCCUCCCGCUUGGGUUGGACCACGACAAAAUUUCGUUCCGGGUAACGAAUAAUAUGAUUACUAGCCAGGUGGCUGGAAUGCUUAUCAAUGGGAUGUAUGGUAUUAGAGGAAAUACCCCCCUUAAUGUCGAGUCUCCCCAAACAGACUCUCUUGAGCCAAAGUAUUCAUGUCCAAAAUCCAGUUCCCUUUUUUCAGAAGUAAAAGAUGCCCCCAACACGCCCUGGGCUGAUCAUUUAACCCGCACAAAAGAAUUUGUGGCCGAACUAGACGCCAUCUCCGGGGUCUCUCCCUCCAACUCAGGAUGGCAUUCCAGCUUCGACCACUAUUUUGAUAAUUUGUCGGCUCGUCUGUGUCACGCGAAGCCCUUGCCAUGCAACAUCAAAGACCCAUCUAAAUGUAUCACUCGGGCACAGGCUGACAAGGUCUUUCGGUUGGGCCAAUUCGAAUAUUCAUACAUGUACCGUGAUGCAACAAGCUCCCUCCCAGCGAGCACAUCUAGUUUGGGAGUCUGGAUCGCAGAGCUAGCCCAGCAUCUUCGUGAUCAAAUUGCUGGCAAAGAUGGGAAGAUGCUCUAUAGACACAACGUCGCCCAUGAUGGAAGUGUGUCCAGGCUCCUGUCGGUCCUUCAACUAGACGUUAUGGUUUGGCCUGGUAUGGGCUCUGAGGUUGUGUUCGAACUCUACUCUAAGAACAAAGAUGUAUGGGGCCGUGAAAAGGACUACUUCGUACGUGUUUUAUUUAGCGGCCAGGUCAUGCGCAGCUCCAACCCCGACCUUGGCCUAUUGGACAUGGUUCCUGUUUCAACCUUGUUGGCUUAUUUCGAUGGACUUGUUGGUGAAAAGGCAAACCUGGUGCCUGGACUAUGUGGCAACUAG